AUGACCAUCAAUAACUGGGAUGAUGCCCUUGAAAACCCGCUUAAUACCUUUACAGAGAAAACUGCUAGCUUACCAACCAAAAAAGCUCGAAAUUCACAAAAAAAGCAAGUACAAGAGAGAAAUCAUUUGUACUCCAACUUGAAAUCGGUUCUAGUCAAGAGGUUCAAUGAAUAUUUUGAAGAAAACCUCAGCGAUUGUGCUUCAUUCAUGCCGGACCAUAUUUUUGGAGAACGGCACGCAGAGAGGGUUGUAGAGGGCUUGGACGACAUCAGAAGUAUACGAGAUCUCUCAAAAGUCCUGGGCGCGGAGAGCCUCGAUGGGCUGUUUGACUUGUUGUUUGGAAUCAUCAAUGAAUUUCGUGAAGGUUCUGAGUUCAAGGCCUACUUAACAAACAAGACGCAGUACAAUGAGGACGUCCAAAAUAAAAUGGAUCGACUCAAUAGAGAGAUCGCUUCUCGGUCCGCAGAACAGCUAAGGUUAGAAGCAGAGGGUGCCGAGAGGGUUGGCCAGAAGAGAAAACGGGUAGAACUUUUGAAAGGGGAGGAGAUUGCAAGGAAGAAGAAAAAGCUCAAAGAGGAUCAGCGAUGUCUAGCUAUUUUCAAGAGAGCAGCCUACGAACCAUCAGAAGAAAACGAGCGGGCUAGGAUGGAAUGUCUAAACGCACCACAAGACGGAACCAGAUAUCAAAGCUCCAGGGACCCGGUGCUUGAACCGUCGCUUGAACCAUCACCACCAUUGAUAUCGGCAGAAAAGUCUCCAAAAUCCAAGGCCCCUUGA